CUCUGAGGAGCAGAGAGGCUCUGCAGGAAGCUCUCAGUCAUGACUGUGUGAGCAGUGAGACAGGAGCAGGGCGCGGAGCUGCCAGCAACACCUCCUCUCUGCAAACUUCAACCAACAACCGAGGCUCAGUCUACUUUUAUUUACCAUGUUUGUAUGGAAAAUGUAUUGGAGUUUCAUUUGAGGGUAUUGCACUAUCAGAAAUUGGAUUUCAUGGAGAGGAAAAGGCAGUUUGACUGGAUUAUAUCUGGAUGAAAUUAAGUUUUUGGAGGAUUUAUAGCCGGGCUCUUCUUGAACUUUUGAUGGCCGGGCCCUGCAGUUUAUUGAAAUGAUUUUUUUGUAAUUUUUUUUAUGCCUGGUGUAAUUUUAUUUAAAGCGCACAGAGCUCCAGCUUCCUCCUGUUAUGGAAAACCUCACCAUGGAUAACAUGACUGUGGAGAACGACACGUCGGUGCAGGACAAUCAGACCCUGGGUGUGUGGACUGACUACACAGUUGAGUACAAAGUGGCCAGCGUGUUUUUGGUGUCCCUCAUAUGCGGGGUUGGCAUCGUUGGGAAUGUGAUGGUCAUACUGGUGGUCCUGACCACCAAACACAUGCGGACUCCCACAAACUGUUACCUGGUGAGUCUGGCCGCAGCUGACCUGAUGGUCCUUACAGCCGCCGGGUUGCCCAACAUCACUGACGCCCUGCACGGACAGUGGGUGUACGGCUACGCGGGCUGCCUGGGCAUCACUUAUUUCCAGUACCUGGGGAUAAACGCGUCCUCCUGCUCCAUCACCGCCUUCACCGUGGAGCGCUACAUCGCCAUCUGCCACCCCAUCAAAGCGCAGUUCCUGUGCACUUUAUCCAGGGCAAAGAAAAUCAUUAUGCUGGUGUGGACGCUCACCUCUGUCUACUGCGUCAUGUGGCUCUUUCUGUCAGACACUAAAAAGUUGGUAUAUGACAACGUGGUGCUGCUCAGCUGCGCCUACAAAGUAUCCAGGAGUCAUUACCUGCCCAUUUACUUCACAGAUUUCGCGGUGUUUUACGUGCUGCCCCUCAUGUUGGCCACGGUUCUGUACGGACUGAUCGCCAGGAUACUUUUCCUAAACCCGCUGCCUUCAGACCCGAAGGACAACACCAAGAAGUGGAAGAAAGAGAUGAGUCAGUCAGGGAGGAUGAUCAGCACCAGCUCGUCCAGCAGCACCACGGCUGCCUCCCGCAGACAGGUGACCAAGAUGCUGGCUGUGGUGGUGAUCCUCUUCGCCUUACUUUGGAUGCCCUACCGGACCUUAGUGGUGGUCAACUCCUUCCUGGACAAGGCCUACCUGGACACCUGGUUCCUGCUCUUCUGCCGCCUCUGCAUCUACUUGAACAGCGCCAUCAACCCGGUCAUCUACAACGCCAUGUCCCAGAAGUUCCGCGCCGCUUUCAAAAAGCUGUGUCACUGUGGCCCUCAGCGCAUGGAGAAGCCUGCUUCAUAUAGCGUUGCGCUCACGUACAGCGUCAUCAAGGAGACGUCCAACGGGGAAAGUCCUGACCACUUCACUACAGAAAUGGACGAGCUCAACACGCCCACCAAUCAGUUUCUACCUGCUAGCCUCCUGCCGACUGCCAAGAAGAUGCCAUUCGAGGAGCCUUCCCUGUUGGGUAGUGAUGUCAAAGCCUGAAUUAAUACAAACUUCACAACUGAAGAAGGUAGCAGAGAUUCUGGCAGCUUAACUAUGGAUUCAGUCACUUUUGGGAGAGUUUAAUUAAAAGUACACAGACACUUCCAAUUUGAUUUCUCCAAGGUGUUUUUUUUUUCUUUUUUGUGAAAUGUUUCUUUUAUUUGACAAAACCGUUUGCCAGAAGCUCAAUAGGAUUCAAUGAUAUGGUCUGCCAUAAAUAUCUAGUAACAUUUUGCAGAAAAUAAGUGAAUCAUCAUGAGCUGUGAAAAUACAGUAUAUUUACACAUCAGUGCAGCAGUACUUCUCUAUUUUAAAGCAAGAAAUCCUGCCUGUGUCUAAUGUAUCUAGAAAAAUAGGAAACAUUAAUGUAGAAUGUGAAGUACCUAACCCUUACAAUAUAAUGCAGAAACAACUUUGUAUAAACAUUAACUUAAAGGACAGGUUCACAAUUUUUCAAGUGUGUCUUAAAACAAAAGGCAGGUGCCCAAAUUACCAUUGAAGUA